UCUCUCUCUCUCUCUCGAUCGCCAUGUUGCGUUUGUGCUCCUCAAUCUUCCGGCGAUCGGCGGCGAUCGGAAGAGCUAGAUCGACGCGCUGCAUCUCCACGACGUCCGCUAGCAGAGGUGGCGUUCGGUGGAAUCCCACAUUGAUGGUGGCCGCGGGGAUCGCGGCCAUUGGUGGGUCUGGCCUUGGGAUAUGGCUCCUACCCUCUCCCUCCUUCGCGGAAUCGAAUUCUCCACAGAUUAAUGAUUCCGGUGCUCAAGAGAAGCGGCCCAAGUACCUGAUCGGAGAUUCUUACCGGAAAAGGGUGUUCUUUAACUAUGAGAAACGAAUAAGAUUGCGAAGCCCUCCUGAAAAGAUUUUUGAGUACUUUGCAUCUUUUCGGAGUUCGGAAGGAGAGGUAUUUAUGUACCCUGCAGAUUUGAUGAGAGCAGUUGUUCCUGUGUUUCCUCCAUCUGAAUCAAAUUUAGUGAGAGAUGGACAUCUGCGAGGGGAGCAGCAUCCUGGUGAUUUGAAUUGUGCACCAUCAAAAUUUUUCAUGUUGUUUGACACAAACAAUGAUGGACUAAUAUCCUUUUCAGAGUACAUUUUCUUCAUCACAUUAUUGAGCAUUCCUGAAUCAAGCUUCUCGGUUGCAUUUAAAAUGUUUGAUCUUGACCAUAAUGGGGAAAUUGACCGAGAGGAGUUCAAGAAAGUUAUGGCUCUGAUGAGAUCUUACAAUAGGCAAGGGACGAGCCAUCGGGAUGGAUUACGUAUUGGUCUUAAAGUUGGGACACCUGUAGAAAAUGGGGGCCUGCUGGAGUACUUUUUUGGGAAGGAUGGAAACGGACGUUUACAACAUGAUAAGUUUGUCCAAUUUCUAAGAGAUCUGCAUGAGGAGAUUGUACACUUAGAGUUUCAACAUUAUGACUAUCACUCUAGCGGAACUAUAUCUUCUGUAGAUUUUGCAUUAUCAAUGGUUGCUUCUGCUGAUAUAAACCAUGUAAGCAAGUUUCUUGACCGGGUUGAUGAAUUAAACAGCAAUGUACUUCUCAAAGAAAUGCGCAUUUCAUUUGAGGAAUUCAAGGCCUUUGCAGAACUGCGAAAAAAAUUGCAACCACUGGCACUGGCUAUCUUUUGUUUUGGGAAAGUAAAUGGUUUGUUGACAAAGCAGGAUUUCCAGAGAGCUGCAUCUCAUGUAUGUGGCAUAUCUGUGACUGAUAAUGUUGUCGAUAUCAUUUUCCACAUCUUUGAUGCAAACCGUGACGGGAGUUUAAGCGCUGAGGAAUUUCUAACUGCUUUGCAAAGGCGGGAAACUGACAUUCGCCAACCAAGUGCAACUGGAGUCAUGAGCCUAUUUUCAUGCUGUUUGAAUUGCGCUAAGACUUGCACCGUCAGCCAAGUGCCCAUCUAAUUGAUCAUCUAUUCCUCGACACGACCAUGUAAAUCUGAUCCCGCACAGUAUGCUACAAACUAGACUAGGUGUGCUACAAUCCUUAAUUUGACAAUAUGGGUAGACUUGAAGAGUUGGCAUCACUCCUUUAUAUAUAUGCAGGGGUCAAAUGCCAUUGUAAAUAGGAUGUUCUACCUUCGAACAUUUUCCACAGCGCACAUUGUUAUCACACAAUGUGCUUGUGUUUUCAUCGUCUUUUCCACCAGAGAUAGCUGAAUUAUGUUCUAAGCUCUCCAAAGGUGGCUCUGAAUCUCUUUUAGUAUUCUGACUGAAACUUGUCAAUGUUGAUUAGGGUUUAUAUUGUUGUUGACAUUCCUUUGGAUAUAAAUAAAUAACAAUCUUUCCCAGCAUUACAAAUUGUUCAAUCAACCUCUAAUUUUCCUAUAAGAUGUCCAAUUCAUGUGUGUAUAUAUGACCUCAUGAAACCUUGUAAUUGCAUU